AUGGCCACCACCCCCGCCGGCCGCAUGCUCUCCAGACAGCUCCAGCAGAUCCAGUCUGACAAGGACAUACCCGGGAUCAGCUGUGGGUUGGUCGAUAAUAAUGUGUUUGAGUGGGAGGUUAUGCUUAUGCUUUCGGAUGAUGUUAAUCUGUAUGGGGGAGGCUUCUUCAAGGCCCGCCUUUCCUUUCCGAUUGAGUACCCGCAUAUGCCGCCGAAGAUGAAAUUUGAAACGCCUAUCUUUCAUCCGAAUAUCUACCCCAACGGCGAAGUGUGCAUCUCCAUCCUCCACCCCCCCGAAGAAGACAAAUACGGGUACGAAUCCGCGGCGGAGCGGUGGUCGCCCGUGCAGACGCCCGAGACGAUUCUGAUCUCCGUGAUUUCCAUGCUGUCGAGCCCGAACGACGAGAGUCCUGCUAAUGUCGAGGCGGCAAGGUUGUGGAGAGAGGAUCCGAAGGAGUUUAAGAGGAGGGUUAGGCGGUGUGUUAGGGAGAGUUUGGGGGAGGAUUAA